GCAACUAUGUCCUUCUCUCAGUUCGGAUACCCCUACAGCACCACUUCACAGUUCUUCGUGCCCGCCAGCCCCAGCACGACCUGCUGCGAGGCCGCCCCCCGCUCCGGGCCGGAUGCCUCCUCGGCGCCGGCCGCCGCCUCCCUCUGCUGCGCCCCGUACGAGAGCCGGCUGCUGGCGCCCGGCCGCGCCGAGCUCAAUGCCGCGCUGGGCAUGUACAGCGCCCCGUACGCCGCCGGCCAGGGCUACGGCAACUACCUGCCCUACGGCGCCGAGCCCGCCGCGCUCUACACCGCGCUGAACCCCCAGUAUGAAAUCAAAGACGGCGCCGGCACGCUGCACUCGGGAAUCGCGCAGCCCGCUACCUACUACUCCUACGAUCAUUCCUUGGGGCAGUACCAGUACGACAGCAGGUACGGGACGGUGGAUUUCGGUGGUUCAGCCAGACGCAAAAAUGCAACGCGAGAGACGACGAGUACUCUCAAGACCUGGCUGUACGAGCACCGCAAAAACCCCUACCCCACCAAAGGAGAGAAAAUCAUGCUGGCUAUCAUCACUAAAAUGACCCUGACGCAAGUGUCCACUUGGUUUGCUAACGCCAGACGGAGGCUUAAGAAAGAAAACAAAAUGACCUGGUCUCCCAAGAACAAAGCCGGGGAAGAGAGGAAAGAAGAAACCCCGAGGGAAGAGGAUGAAUACAGUGCGGAGGGUGAAGGCAGAGAGCAGAAGAGCUACAAGGAGGACAAGGACCUGCGGUUCAGCGACCUGGAGGACGAGGAGGAAGAGGAGGAGGAGGAGGAGGCGGGGAAGCCGGAGAAGGGCCGGACCAGCUCCCUGCAGGAAGCCCCCAGCCUGGGCGCGGCGCUGCCCGAGGCUCCGAGGAGCGACUGCAGCCUGCCCGGCCCCUUCCACGCCUUUCCUUGUGCCAAGGCCCCCGCCGCGGACUUCGCCCCCGCCUCCUUGGCCGGCCCGCCGCCGCCCUACGCGCCCGCGGAGAAGCCGCGCAUCUGGUCGCUGGCGCGCACCGCCGGGGCCAGCGCGGCGCGCAGGGGCAGCCCCGAGGGCCGCGGCGCGGAGGGAGAGCAACCCCUGCCCGCCAAGGCCUUCCGGAGCUCCGCUUUCAACCUGCAGCCGCUCCCGCGAAGCUGCGCGUCCCACCGCGGCCUGGGGGAGCCGUGCCAGUUCGCGGCGGCGGGCGAAGGCUUCGGGCGGGGCGCCAAGGGCGGCCCGGGAGGCACCGAGCUGGGCGGGACGUGCCUGGACAGGCUGCGGACGGCGUUCCGGCCCGUGCUGCGGAGGUGAGGGCCGCCCGCCCCAUAUGGGCGCUGGCGACGGGGCUCCGGCUGUAAGGAAGCGCUCGGCUUGACGGAACGAACGAACCCCGUCCCCGGGCCGGCGGCGGCUCCGCCCGCUCUGCCCUGCCCUCGCCGGGAAGCGCCGCCG